AUGGGGUCCCUAUACGAUGCCGUGUUCGCGAAGAGCGUCGAGCUGGUGGAGAAGAACGUCGUGCCAGACUUCAUCGUGCGCCGCGGCAUCAGGUACCUGCUGGCGAAGCGGCUCGAGGAGUGCUCGCACGGGGGCGACGUCGACAAGCAGAUCGCCGCGAAACAGGAGUUCGUUGAGGAGCUCAAGUCGCUGCCGGUCGCCAUCAACACCGCCGACGCCAACGAGCAACACUACGAGCUGCCGACGGAGUACUUUCUGGCCGUGCUCGGCCCGCAACUGAAGUACUCGUCCGGGUACUACCCCGGGCUCGAUCCGAGCACGCAGCUCGACAUCGCCGAGGAGGCGAUGCUGCAAAUGUGUUGCGAUCGCGCGGAGCUGAAGAACGGAAUGGACAUCCUGGAGCUCGGGUGCGGGUGGGGCUCGCUGACGCUCUUCAUGGCGGAGAGCUUCCCGUCCGCGACGAUCACGGCGGUGAGCAACUCGCGCACGCAGCGGGAGUUCAUUGAGGGGCGCGCAAUUGAGAGGGGACUGACGAACGUGAAGAUCAUCACGGACGACGUGACGCACUUCGAGCCGCCCGCGAGCGACGGCGGGUACGACCGCGUCGUGUCGGUCGAGAUGUUCGAGCACAUGAAGAACUACAGGGAGUUGCUGGGCCGCAUCUCCAAGUGGCUGCGUCCGGGCGGCAAGCUCUUCGUGCACAUGUUUACGCACAAGGACUUCAACUACCACUUCGAAGACAACGGCCCCGACGACUGGAUGACGCGCUACUUCUUCUCCGGCGGCACCAUGGCCUCGCACGACCUCCUGCUGCACUUCCAACAGCAUCUGACCUGCGCCAAGCACUGGCGCGUGAACGGCCGGCACUACGCCUGGACGCUCGAGGACUGGCUCCGCCGCCAGGACCAGGUCCAGAGCUCCGUCCUCGACAUCUUCGCGAAGACCUACGGAGAAGAAAACGCCCUCAAGUGGAUGGUGCGGUGGAGGCUGUUCUACAUGGCCUGCGCGGAGCUCUUCAAGUACGACAACGGGAACCAGUGGGGCGUGAGCCACUACCUCUUCGAGAACAUCCCGCGGGCCGCGGAGAAGGCCGCGGAGGCCUCCGCGCGACGCGCAGCGACCCGGAAUCCUGCAGCGCGCGGGGGGCGCCGGACGUCGACGGGGGGCGGCUCGGAGCGCGUCGUGCUGUGA